CGGGCCAUUCACGGCUAUGCUCUUGGGAUCAUGGUUUAGCCUUGUGUUGGCGUUUAUAACUUUCAGCCGAGGGCUUUCUGAAGGUGGAGACAUUUAACGAGAAGAUAAUGCAGCAAAGACUUUCAGGCUUGUCCCAGCGGAUAAAAGAAAUCUAUUCAGCAAGAGCAGGACUGGUCAACAUCGAAAUCGAACGUCAAGAAGUAGGUCUCCAGCACUCUCAGGAUGUCAGCGGUAUACGAGUACACUGGCCCCGUGGAUUGCGGCGUGGUGCCAGACAAGACGCAAUGUAAAGGCAAGAGUGUGAUUGUAACUGGAGGUGCGAAUGGCAUGGGAGAGGCAUAUGUUCGGGAAUUCGUCAAAAAUGGAGCAUUUGUGACAUUUUGCGAUGUCAAUGAAGAAAGAGGGAAAGCCAUUGAGACUGAAUUGAGUCCGGAGAGAACUUGCUUUGUCAAGUGUGAUAUCAGUUCGUGGGAUGACCAAGUUCGGCUGUUUGAGGCAGCCGUAACGAAGUCGCCUUCGAAGACGGUUGAUAUAGUCAUUUCCAAUGCAGGUGUUGGCAGAGGGGCGGGCGAUCCCAUGAUGGCCCUAGAAGAUCCCUUUUCCAAACCGACAAAACCUAGCAUGCACAUCAUCGACAUCAAUCUGGUCGGCAAUAUGUACACGUUCAAACUUGCCAUUCACUAUUUCCGACGUGGCGAGCAGACUCCGGAUCGAGACCGCUGUUUUAUCUUCAUCGGCAGUAUCGCUGGUAUCUGUGAUAAUCUAGGGAGCUGGGAGUACUCGACUUCGAAAUGGGGCCUUCGUGGGCUGAUGCGGACUGCUCGACGGAACGCCCCCCAUCAGGGCAUCCGAGUUGCCUAUGUUGCGCCGGCCUGGAUCCGUACUGCCAUCCAAACACAGGAGACCCUGGACAGACUGGCCAAGAAUGGAGUCGAGUUCGCCACCAUCGACAGUGCUGUCAAGUGUGUAAUGAGAGUCUCAUGUGACAAGAGCAUUAACGGGCACUCGUUUGUCAUUUGCUCCGAGUCGGUGAGUAAGCAUGGUUUCAUAGAUGCGGAGGAAGACGACCGUACGGAUGAGAACCACUGGCUUCAAAAGAUCCAACGAACUGUUUUCAGAGCCAGGGGAGACGCAUGGCCGUGAACAACCUUGUGGACCUGUAGUGCAGCAAAAAGGGGCACCCGAGUACAUGCUUCUUCCUUUCUGCUGUUAAAUAAAGACAAAUUGUCCCGAGAAGACAUCGUUCCC